UCGCCUGAACACAUGUCAUUCGGAAAAAAAAAGAAUUCACCUUUUUUACUUCGUCCACACACAUCAUCUCGAGCGACAAACCGUGUACUACCCAACCCUUUUCAACACACUCUAGACCGAGUUAAGUGGUCAUUCCCCAAAGCAAUCACCACGAAUUUUGCAUGCUCAAAACCACUACCACUUGUGACGCUAAGGUGACACGACUACAUCACUCGUGUCCAAUUGUCUGUUAGGUCUGUUGCAUCCAAGCCAAAGCAAGGACUGUUCGUGUAGGAGAGCACCUAAAGCGAGAAUCUUUGGUCGGUUACUUGGUGAAAAUCGGCAGGUAAAGCGUAACAGGUAUAGUAGAAAAAAAGAUUGAAAGGAAUCCGCGGACGGAUUAGUUUAAGGUCAGACGCCCACUAAUGCGGCUACCAUGUGGCCAUGUGUCAUCUCCCAAUAAAGCCGGCAGCGCCUCAUGGUGUAUAAAUAGGAGGGGGAUCCGAUGUGAAUGUGAGUUGUGGCAUCAACCUCUGUCCUCUGCAAAGACUCUGUGCUUCUCCUUCAGUUUAGCAUCUAGGCACUAAUCUGUGACGAUGGAAUCGUACACUGCUGGAGCCAAAUUUGAUUGCUUGCUAUUUGAUAUUGAUGACACUCUCUAUCCACUGAGCUUAGGACUCCACCAAGCUUGCCGUGACAACAUACAAGAAUACAUGCUGAACAAGCUGCAUAUUGAAGAGAGCCAGGUUCCAAAAAUGUGCGUCGACUUGUACAAGGAGCAUGGAACCACAAUGGCUGGUCUCAAGGUUUCGGGCUAUGAUUUCGACUACGAUGACUUCCACGCUUGCGUUCACGGGAGGCUGCCGUAUGAGAAGCUGAGACCCGAUCCUGUUCUAAGGCAGUUGCUGAUCUCUCUGCCACAGAGGAAGAUCAUUUUCACCAACUCUGACAAAACCCAUGCGGCUACGGUCCUGAAGAAGCUCGGGCUCGAGGGCUGCUUCGAUGCCAUCAUCUGCUUCGAGACCCUGAACCCGCCAACCGAACAGGACGACAUCGGCAGUGGUCGCAGGGGAAUCCUGUGCAAGCCGUCUGUGGAGUCCAUGGAAGCUGUCAUAGAGAUCGCCAAGCUCGAUGCCAAGAGAACGGUGUUCUUCGACGACAGCGCGCCCAACAUCGCCGCAGGGAAGGCGGCCGGCUUCUACACCGUCAUUGUGGGGAGCUCGUCGCUGGUGCCGGGCGCGGACGUGGCGCUGGAGAGCAUCCGCAACAUCAGGGAGUCGCUGCCGGAGCUGUCGGUGGAGGCCGACGGCGAGCACGUCGGCGCGGUGCUCCGUGCCGCCGCCGUGGAGACCACGGUGCUCGCAUGAACGCGUCGCUCCCGGGGCUUCUGGUUCUGGGGCGCGCGCUUCCUCGCUGCCGCCAAGUGAACCUGUCCGUUGUAUUCGUGGACAGCGUCGCCUCGCCUGCUGCCAGUAAAAGAGCAGAGAAUAACGGUGUGCGUAGCAGCGUAGGUGUGGCGUGUCUGCUCGUGAUCCAUCGAGGUUAGCCAUGAUGUGUGUCUGAAACUCUGAACCAAUAAAGGUUAAUCCGUUGUAAAACAA